CCUCGACUGCUGGACACUGGGCUCAGACUAAUUUGCUACUGUAAUUUGUUGGUUAUUUCCUCACACAUCAGGCUCAAAGAGUGCGAGGAAUCUGCUGAUAACACCGUCGACGCCUGGAUCCACCCUGUUGUUUGUUAUUAUAAGAACUUUUAUUUUUUUUUCCUGCCCCUUUUUGCACCCUUAAGAAGGAGGUAACUUUCAGUUGUCUGACAGUUAUUCCUGCUGGAAUGGCCAUUGUGUUCCUGAACAGAGGAUGUUGCUAUCCAUGUGUUUUUUCCUGAACUGAGUUGUUCAGGUUGGAUUUCCAGUUUAAGUGUUGAGUUAGAUUUUAAUGUCUGGACAUUUACUCAGCAUUACGAAGAUACUGAAAUUUUAUUUUACCCUCUGGAUGUGAGACUUGGAGCCAUGUUGCUGUUUCUGCUUCUGUUGGUGGAUUUCUGCACCCAAACUUCAGGACAACAACAGACUGCUCCUCCAGGUCGCUGUGAUGUUCCUCAGAGGUUAACCGUUCACACCGACUGCAGCUCCUGUGCUGUCAGCAUCACUGCCAACUGUCCGCAAGGCUUCACCAAGCUUGACACCACCAACUGCAGUUAUGUGGUGCAGAUCGGCGGCAGGGAGGUGGAGCUUGAAGGAUGUCAGCACUUGUGUGUGGAGAACGUCAUGCAUCCACAGUGCUGCCCUGGCCACUGGGGUCCACUGUGUCUCUCGUGUCCAAGCUGGUCAGGAAAGACCUGCAACUUCAAUGGAGUCUGUGUGGACGGAGACGUCGGCAACGGCACCUGCAUCUGUGAUGAGGGUUUCUCCGGGUUUGCUUGUCAGGACUGUAAAAAUCCGAAUGCAUUUGGGAAAAAGUGUGAUAAAGUGUGUGACUGCGUGCACGGAGUGUGUAACAAAGGUCCCGAUGGUGAUGGACAGUGUUUGUGUCAGCCGCCAUACACUGGGAGGCGCUGUGACCAAGUAAGCAGGGGGUGCCGUGGUUGCAGCUCCUUCUCGUACUGCAAAGGAGAAGAAGAAGAGGCAGGCUGUGACUGUUUGCCUGGGUACAGGAGGAUGAAGGAGAACAAGUGUUUAGUUUCGUGCUCACAGAGAGACUGCGACGUCAACGCCCAGUGCUCCACACAGGCCUCAAAUAUCAAAUGCACCUGCAAACCAGACUAUGAGGGUGACGGCAAGAUCUGCGUUCCUAAAAACCCUUGCUUGGAGAACAACGGAGGCUGUCCCAUCAACUCCACCGUUUGUGUCUUCAAAGGACCCAACAAGUCCAGCUGUGAGUGCAUGUUUGGCAUGUCACCUGUAGGUGGCAGCCCUGAGUACGGCUGCCAGCUCGUCUCUGCCUGCUCAGCUGACACCUGCGACCCCACAGCAGUCUGCCAGACCGAACUGGAUGGGAAAGCCAGGUGUUUGUGCGACCCGAGGAAGAUUGGAGAUGGACGGCGUUGCUACGGUAACCUGAUGGAGCGCCUCAUCGAGCUGGACUCAAGAGGAGACCACAGAGAAAAUCUGACAGGAGCCGUCGGCUUGUUCGAGAGAGGCUGUUCUCUGGUGCUGAGUCAUUCUGGACCCUUCACAGCUUUCUUCCCGUUGCUGAAACAACCUCUGACCGGUGUUAAUGAGGAGGUGGUGUGUAAAAACCAUCUGAUCCUGGGUCAGCACCUCUACAAAGCUCUGGAGGGACGAGAUUUAAACCUUUACGGAGGAGAGAAGCUGAGAGUCAAAGUGAAUAAGCAUUUCAUCCUGAUGAGCGAUCCCAGCAGGCUGUACACAAUCAUCCAAUCAGACCUGCCAGCAGCUAACGGCAUCAUCCACAUCAUCGACCGGCCAAUCACCAACAGCCUUCCUAACGGGCCGCCUCGGGACGAACGGUUUGCGGACAAGACGAUCGGGGAGAUUCUGAGAAAAGAUGGAAAAUUUAACCGCUUCCUGUCUCUGGUUGAUAACUGUGGUUCCCCUCCUCCUCUCCAUGGAGCAGGACCCCUCACCGUGUUCGUCCCAACCAACGAGGCGGUGGACCAAGCCCGAGACGGCAGCAUCCUGUACAUGUUGAAUGAUGCCAAAGAUAAACUCCAAGAGCUGCUCAGACACCAUGUUUUCUCCCAGGCUGUGCUGACAGUGGAUGAGUUGGCCGCCCUUUCUCAUGUUCGGACGAUGGCCAAUCAGUUGGUCACCAUCUCUGUUUCUGAUGAUGGAGAGAUCCUGCUGGGGGAGAAAAGGGUCCGUCUAGCGAGCACCAACAUUAUGGCGUCCAACGGUGUCAUCCACAUGAUUGAUGGGCUGCUGUACCCACCCUCCAUCCUGCCCAUCCUGCCUCACCGCUGCGAUGUCAUCAAGAGCAAAGUCACUGUGGGUCCUUGUGUUCACUGCAGUUACCUCCACGAGACUCAGUGUCCUGAAGGCAGCGUCGAAAUGGAGAGUCAUCAGAUCGGCUGCGAGUACGCAAACCUUCCUUUGGGACCAACACACAACAAAGGCUGUGCCAAAUACUGCAACGCCACCAAGCAGGUGGCAGAGUGCUGCAAAGGUUUCUACGGUCCAGACUGUAAGCCGUGCAUCGGAGGAUUCCAGCAUCCCUGCUACGACAAAGGAACAUGUGUUGAUGGUAUCCACGGUAACGGUUCGUGCAGCUGUCACUCGAAUUUCAAAGGACUCGCCUGUCACAUCUGCUCGGAUCCGUCCAAACAUGGAGACAACUGUGAUGAAGAGUGUCGCUGCGUGCACGGCGUGUGCGAUAACCGUCCCGGCAGCGGCGGAGUGUGCCGGAGAGGAUCGUGUUUGGAGGGAUUCUCCGGAGAUUAUUGUGACAAGAAGGCCACGUCCUGCAACGUGGACGGCCUGCUGGCCCACUGUCACAUCCACGCAUACUGUACACACACCGGGCUGGAUUACAAGUGUUUGUGCAGGGAUGGAUAUAAUGGCGAUGGCCACUCCUGUUCUCCCAUAAACCUCUGCCUGAAGAGCAGCCGCAGAGGCUGCGACACCAACGCAGAGUGUGUGUACGUGGGUCCAGGUAAUGUGUCGUGUGUGUGCACCGAUGGAUGGACCGGUGAUGGGAAAGUCUGCGUGGAAAUCAACAACUGUCAGCUGGAAGACCGAGGAGGCUGCAGCCCCAACGCCGACUGCAACCACAUCGGACCGGGACAGAGCGAGUGUGUCUGUAAAACUGGUUAUAUGGGAGACGGGAAGGUGUGCGACCUCAUCAACCCCUGCCUGACAAACAAUGGAGGCUGCCAUAAACUGGCCAAGUGUGAGCUGAAGGAUGAUGGAGUCCACCACUGCUCCUGUCCGGACGGCUACGCUGGGGAUGGAAACCAGUGCUUCGGGUUCUUACUGGAUGAGCUGGACAUGAACUUACAGCUCUACAGUUUCUUCAGACUGAUUCAGAAGUUCGGACACUCUUCUGAGGAUCUGAGCGGGAAUCUCACCAUCCUGGCUCCUUCCCGAGAAGCCAUAAUGAUCAUGAGCAAAGCUGAGAACUCUUUCUGGACCACCCGGCACCGCCUGCCUCACUUCCUGCGGGCCCACUACUUACUGGGAGUUUACUCUGUGGAAGACCUGGACAAUCUGUUGGGACACAGGCUGCCCACUCUGAACCCCUCCACCAAGUGGGAGAUCAGGAACGUCAGUGGGAUGCUCUGCAUUGGAAACGCCUCCAUCAUCACCCACAACCUGCCUGCGAUCAACGGCUACAUCCACGUCAUAAACCAGGUUCUGGCACCAUCCCGCUCAGACCUUCCACCUGAACCUCCCACUGUGAUGGCGUUCCUGAACUCCUCCAGCUUCAGCCUCUUCAGAGAGUACGCUCUGACAUACAACCUGUCAGAACAUCUCGGUGGUCUGGAUUUUACUCUCCUGCUGCCGACUGAUGAGGCUGUCAGGAACCACCUUAGCAGAACAAACUCAUCAUUCCUGGACUCGGAUGUGUUUCAGUACCAUGUGAUUCUUAAUGAGCUGCUGUUUCCCGACCACCUGCAUGACGGCAUGUUGAGAAGCACUCUGCUGGGUCCGGACUACCAGGUCCAGUUCCAUCUGACUGACAAAAACCAGACUGCUGUGAAUGAUGUUCCUCUCAACGGCAGUUUUAUUGAGACGCAGUACGGCGUCGUCAUCAUCCUCCAGCAGGUCCUCAAAGUGCGUCGCAACAGGUGCAGUCAGCAGGUCUCCCUGCAGUCCAAAGGAAGGUGUUCGGACUGUGAUGGACCUCCUCGAUGCCUCUUUAACUACAGUCCAAUCAGGGAACAGUUUCCUGCCAACAUGAAGCCCAACUGUUUUUACCGGAAGCGGGUCGGACCCAGAAGGACGUUUGUGCCAGGCUGCAUCAUCAAUUGCCUUCGUCACACUAUGGAUCACUCCUGUUGCCCUGGUUUCUACGGCCACGAGUGCUUUAAAUGCCCCGGAGACGACAGGAGCCCAUGCUCCAAUCACGGGCAAUGCCAGGACGGUAACCAUGGCAACGGGGAGUGCCAAUGCUACGAGGGUUUCCAUGGCACCGCCUGUGAGGACUGUGAGCCGGGACGCUACGGACUCAACUGCUCCUCCAAGUGUUCCUGCGACCACGGGAAGUGUGACGACGGGCUGACAGGAAGCGGCAGGUGUCUGUGCUACAAAGGUUGGAAAGGAGCUUCCUGCUCUGUAGAGAUCAGAAAUGACGCCUGUGGAGAUGUGUGUGAUGAGAAUGCCAAUUGUGUAACAGGACCACAGGGAUCAGCUGCUGUUUGUGUUUGCGCCGCUGGUUAUGAAGGAAAUGGAACCUUCUGCCGAGAGCUGGAUUUGUGCAGCAGGUCAAACGGUGGAUGCUCAGAGUUUGCCGUCUGUACAAAGGUGUCUCCUGGAGAGAGGACCUGUGCCUGUAAAAAGGGUUACACUGGAGAUGGAGUCGUCUGUCUGGAAAUUGACGGCUGUCUGGUCAACAACGGAGGCUGCCACACAGCAGCAGAAUGCAUCAGAACCGGCCCAAACGUUACAGCGUGCAGAUGUCAGACCGGCUUCGAGGGAUCAGGGAGGUUUUGCUACCCGGUCAACCCCUGCAGAACCGACAACGGCGGCUGCAGUAAAUACGCUCUCUGCAAAUACACGGGUCAGGGCCAGAGGAACUGCACCUGCCGCGGAGGCCACGUGGGGGACGGCUUCAACUGCAGGGGAUCCACCAACAUCGAGGUGUACGGGCAGUCAGAGAACGAUUUCUUUCGCAAAAUGCUGUUCAUGUCAGAGACUCCUGGUCUCUAUGGCAACGGACCCUUCACCAUCUUCGUUCCUCUCCAAGAAACCAACAAUGAAUCCACAAUUAAUGAGUGGAAGAGGGCUGGCCGUCUGGAACACAUGAUUCGUUACCACAUUGUUUCCUGUGAGAUUUUGACCCUAAGUGACCUCAAAACUACCAAGAGUGUGGUCUCUCUGUCGGGAUACUCUCUGGAGUUCAGUCUGAAGGAGGGUUCAGUCUGGAUCAACAACAGAUCGAUGGUGGUGAAGAGCGACUACACCACCAGUAACGGGGUCAUCCACCACAUCGACACGCUGCUGACGCCUUACAGGCUGCAGGAUAAACCGCAGCUUGAAUCUAAAACGAUGAACUUCAGUACUGCAGCUACAUUUUAUGGCUACGGACGCUUUUACAAACUCAUUGAGGAUGCAGGGUUGCUUCCAGUGCUCCAGAUGCCCAUCCACCAGCCCUUCACCAUCUUCUGGCCCACUGACAAGGCCCUCGACUCCCUGCCACGUGAAAGGCACCACUGGCUCGUCAAUCCGGACCACCGGGACCAGCUGGCUGCUACUGUCAAGGCGCACAUCAUCCGCAAUUCCAGGCUGACAGGUGUCGGUCAGCCCAAUAAAUUAAUGUCUUACCGGACCAUGCAUGGAUCAACCAUCAAGUUAAGCUGUGACAAGAAGCUGGUGGGGUCCGUGCUGAUCAAUGAGAACGCAGCUAGGCUGGUGGAGCGCUACAUGGCGUUCAAAGAGGGCCUGGGAUUCGGGAUCGACCAGCUUCUGGAGCCACCUGGACUGGGAGCGUUCUGCGACAGCGUGCAGAAUAAAACUACCUUUGGCCGCUGUGGGACCUGUUUGUUCCCGCCAUUUUGCCCCCUCAAACACGCAGACACGGGCAGGACGAUUCGUUGUUUACGGUAUCCCUCCAGAUAUCGAACCAGCUACUUUGGCUGGUAUGACCUGGAUGAUCGUUUUAGCAGAAAAAGCUGCAAGAGAGUUUGUCAGUUUCCUUCCUGGGUCCAGAAGUGCUGCAAAAACCACUACAGCAGAGACUGUCAGGUGUGUCCAGGUGGAGUUGAAGAUCCCUGCAGCAGCCAUGGAGACUGUGAUGAUGGUGUUACUGGUUCAGGAGCCUGUAAAUGCCACAAAGGAUUCAAAGGAAAAGCCUGUGACCUCUGUGCCGGCGGUUACUACGGUACCAACUGUACAGCCUGCAGCUGUGUGAAGGGGAGCUGCAGCGAUGGCAUGGACGGGACCGGUCAGUGUGUCUGUCAGCCGGGUUGGGAGGGAGAUCGCUGCCAGAACAAGAUUGGCUCAGUCUCUGAGAAGUGCCGGCAGUGCCACGCCCAGGCCAUGUGUGUGUCCGGUGUCAGCUGUCAGUGUAAACCUGGAUUUGAGGGCAACGGUACUUUCUGCAGUCCAGUUCCACCUCCAGACCUCUGCUCCGAAUACAACGGUGGAUGUGACCUCAACGCAGACUGCAACCAGAGUGGGCUCAUCGUCAACUGCACCUGCCGCAGUGGUUACCAAGGAGACGGCUUCUCUUGUGAGCCAAUCAACAGAUGUGUUGAAGAGCAGAACGGUGGCUGCAGUGACUUUGCUGCCUGCAAGUUUACUGGACCAAAUGAGCGGGAGUGUGAGUGCCUGCCAGGGUACGUGGGUAAUGGAGUCCAGUGUCUAGAGAAGGUGGAGCCCCCUGUUAACCGCUGCCUGGAGGAGAACGGAGGCUGUAACCCUGUCGCCACCUGCAGUGAUCUACAUUACCAUGCCAACACAGCUGGAGUGUUCCACCUGCGCUCCCCAGAAGGGAGGUACAAGAUGAACUUCACCCAGGCAGACAUCGCGUGCCAGGCUGAGGGCGCCACGCUGGCUACGUUUAAACAGCUGGGAGACGCCCAGCAGCUCGGGAUGCAUCUGUGUGUCGCCGGCUGGAUAGAAGGAGGGAGGGUGGGAUACCCGACCCGCUUCCCCUCGACCAAUUGUGGCGACAACCAUGUGGGCUUGGUUAUGUACAAAGAUCCAGUGGACCAGAGGAGCAAGUACGACGCCUACUGCUACAGGCUCAAAGAAGUUUCAUGUUCGUGCCCUGAAGGUUAUGUUGGAAACGGUGACUUCUGCAACGGGGUCCUGACCAGCGUCCUGGCAACAAAUGGCAACUUCUCCAUCUUCUACAAGCUGCUGUUGGACUACAGCGGCUCAUCCUCUGACGGCCAGCAGCUCAUCAACGUGUUGGAUCACAGGAAGUCCGAAGUCACCCUGUUUGUUCCUCAUAACUCUGGAUUCACUCAGAACCAGACUCUUUCUGGACGAGAUCUGGAGUACCACAUCUCAACCAAUCACAGCAUACGACCAUAUAAGGAACUAAGGCAUCAGGAAGUGAUCUCAUCAAUGCUGGGGUUCAAUCUGACCGUUACCUAUGGCAACAACGAGAGCUGUAAACUGGUGAACCAGCGGCUGCUGCUGGAGUGGGACAUUCCUGCUGUGAACGGGAUCAUCCACGUCCUCGAGGCGCCGCUGACGGCCCCCGCGCCCCCGGUGAUCCACAGCAGCUCCAGAGGCCACGCCCACUCCAGUGGCAUCGUGUCGGCCAUAUUGGUUUCAUUGUUGGCUUGUGUGUUGGCGGCUCUGGGAUACUACCUCUUCAGGCACAAGAUGGACGCCUUCCGCUUCCACUACUUCAAAAAUGAGGAUGAAGAUGCUGCUGCAGGUGGACCAACCAAACCAACGCUGAUCUCCAUCCCAAAUCCUCUGUACAGCGGCUCCAGGGCCUUCACCGAGCCGUUCGGGGAGACAAGUUCAGCAGCAGAACCAGCUGAGCCUAAAGAACCUCCAAACAUUCUGGACUUGGACCAGUAAAAUCUGUUUAAUGGACUCUAAUGAAAUCAGAUUCUUCUCUAUCCUGAAAUCAGAUUCUUCUCUAUCCUGAAA